AUGGAAGCAUCAGUUGCCUACGCUUUAUUUUUGCAUCGCCAGGAGCUGCAGCGCCGCCAGAUGCUCUACAUCCAAGUGUCCAAGACCAAGAUCCAGUUGACCAAGGAGCUGAUCGCCGAGCAGAAGCAACGAUUGUCCAGCUGCACCCCCGAAGAUCUGCAGAUCCUCAGCAGAGAAACCCAGUUCAAGCGGCAACUUCAGCAGAAACUCAAGCACCGCAACAAGCAACUGAAAGCCAUUGCCAAGCAGCAGGAGAGGCGAGGAUGAGCCAAGCCAAAAGGGAUGUCUCCACGUUCCUCAGGCUUACCACUUUAAUUAGUUUUAGAUCAACGCAAAUGAUGUGUGCCUUUACAUAGUUUAGUUUAUUUUAGUUUUACGCUCAAAGAAAUAAAAUUUCCCAUGCAAAUCAAGCCAAGUUGUCUUUGG